CUUCCUCCUCCCAACAGCGACCUUGUCUCGCCUCCUCUGCAACGUCCGCAAGUUCUCUCAACUUCAUUUCGCUCGUCUCUCUUUUGUCCCUCGAACUCAUGCAGCGAUCAAUUGUUCCUUCGAUACAAUAUCCGAUUGAUGGGAAGGGCGUACGACCAGAAUCAGCACCCCGCUUCCCACCAUCGGUUAGUUGUAAAGUCGUGAUCUGACCAAGCCACGCUCCGCGUCACGCUAGUGCCUCUCGUGUGGUCGACCGGAUGGCCACAUGGUAGCCUUGGUUGGUGCCCGCGAGGACUCCGGCAGCGGCACCUUUACUUGCUUGGGUUCAGAAGCCAUUACCAUUCUACAGUCGCCGUCGGCUUCCUUCUGAUUUAAUAACAUCAAAGCCCUGAUUCGCGUGCUAUUGCACGUAACUUGGUGGAGUUCCUCCCCCUUUAUGGCUCGUCGUCCGCCGCCGCUGCUACAGGACCUCCGCCGCCUCUUCCGCGGAGUCUCUCUCGUCGCCCUAGAGGCUGCCAAGCGAUCUCCCAACCUCGAAGCUGCCAGGGCGGGCGAUCUGGAGGCCCUCGUCUCUCAAACCCUCAAGGCCGCCCUCGUGUCCGCCACGGAUCUUGCCGGGCUAACGAGAGGGACGCCCCGUCAGAUGUCCGCUUCACACUCCACCAGGGAGUCCUCCGUCAUCUACUUCUCGAACGAUUAUGAGCCCGAGGUCACUGCUUUCCGGGGGGGAUCAGCCGAUCCCUCCAUCUUGGAGAAGCCCUUGCCCCAGUCCCAGACCAAAUCACGAUCCAGGCUGGUAGACGUCCAGGAGGUCCCCAUAGCUGCAUCUGCGAUGAUGACCGCGGAGAACAAUUGCCGAUCGCAGGAAUUGGAGGACGGUGCCACCAUGGAACUUGGUGUUCUUCGCGAGAACGGUAGCAUGAAAGAUCCGAUCCGGUCUAGCCUGCCGGAGAUGAAUCUUGUGGGCAGCGCUGGAGGAGACGUUCCACUAAAGAGGCGGCGACCUCGCGAGAGAAGAGUCCCGUCCACUCCCAUUAGCAGGGCUCUAGGGUUUGCUGGUCUGGGAGCUGGGCUUGCAUGGGGUACAAUCCAAGAAUCUGCAAAGAGGAUUGUCUUUGGUAUGCCCAAAAUAGAAGGGAAGCAGUCUGCCCUUUCACCUUUUUUAUCUGAGAAAAAUGCUGAACGUUUGGCACUUGCACUGUGUAGAAUGCGAGGGGCUGCACUUAAAUUGGGCCAGAUGUUGAGCAUUCAGGAUGAAUCCCUUGUGCCAGCACCGAUAUUGGCAGCUUUGGAUAUUGUUCGUCAAGGAGCUGAUGUGAUGCCAAGGAAACAAUUGAAUGAUGUUUUGGAUGCUGAACUGGGUCUUGAUUGGUCAUCCAAACUGAGGAGCUUUGAUUAUGAACCACUUGCGGCAGCAAGCAUAGGGCAGGUCCAUCGAGCAGUUAUGAAGAGUGGUCUCAAGGUUGCAAUGAAAAUACAGUACCCUGGUGUUGCAGAUAGCAUAGAAAGUGACAUCGAGAAUGUCAGGCUAAUUUUAGACUACACAAAUCUCAUUCCUAAAGGACUUUUUCUUGAUAAUGCUAUAAAGGUGGCUAAGGAGGAACUGUCUAGGGAAUGUGAUUAUGAGUUGGAAGCUGCAAGUCAAAAGCGAUUCCGUGAUUUCCUAUCUGAUUCAGAAGGGUUCUAUGUUCCUAUGGUUAUUGAUGAAAUCUCGAGUAAAAAGGUUUUGACAACCGAGCUUAUUACAGGAGUUGCCAUCGAUAAGGUGGCAUUACUAAGUCAAAAAAUUCGGGACUAUGUGGGGAAAAAAUUUCUUGAGCUGACUCUAAAGGAAUUGUUUGUUUUCCGGUUCAUGCAGACGGAUCCCAACUGGGGCAAUUUUCUUUUUGAUGAGACUACCAAAAUGAUUAAUCUCAUUGACUUUGGUGCAGCUCGUGAGUAUCCAAAAAAUUUUGUUGAUGACUAUCUACGAAUGGUCAUCGCAUGUGCAAAUAGUGAUAGAGAUGCAGUGUUAGAGAUGUCGCGGAGACUUGGCUUUCUUACAGGUGAGGAAUCGGAUGUUAUGAUGGAGGCUCAUGUCCAAGCCGGCUUUAUUGUUGGGAUGCCCUUUGCGAAAGGUGGUGGAUAUGACUUCCGUUCGAGCAACAUAACCCAAAGCAUCUCAAAUCUUGGGGCAACAAUGCUGAAGCACAGGUUGACACCUCCACCGGAGGAGGCCUACAGUCUUCACAGAAAGCUCUCUGGAGCUUUCUUGGCUUGCAUCAAGCUUGGUGCCGUGGUGCCGUGCAGGGAGAUACUUCUACAGGUCUAUCAGCAGUACCAAUUUGGUCUGUAGACAACUGCCAGUUUGACAUUCAUAUUGGCUUAUGAGUGCGUGCCAUAGCGACUAUAAUACUGGCAUGCAUAGUUAUCAGAAUUAAAUUGGAACACGAUUAGGUGAA